GUGUGUGUGUUUGCGUGUACAUGUGAAGGGUCAGUGCCAAGGGACUGUUACUGUAUACCAUCUGAUGGAUACACCAGUCAGUCUAUCUGUGAGGACAGCUGCUUUACCAGCAUUCCUGGAGUAUCUCUCUCUCUCUCUCUCUCUCUCUUAUCUCUUUCAGUCUCUCAGAUUUUUUUCUGGCACACAGAUAGACUGUUUCUAUUUCUCUCACUCUCUCUCUCUCCGUCUAUCUCCUUUCCCUUACAGUCUUUUUCUGGCACAAAGACUCUCUCUCUCUCUCUCUCUCUCUCUCUCUCUCUCUCUCUCUCUCUCUCUCUCUCUCUCAAUCUGACACACUAACCGACUGUCUGUCAGCACAAGGGCUGUCACAUCACCUGCCGUCUCCCGUCCUCAUAUCCUCAUACCACGCACUGCAGGAGCAAUAUCCAUCCAUCCACCCAUCCAUCCAUCUCUCCAGCUAUGAUCCAGACCAAAGGCAUGGCCCCGGACUGCAGCGACGGCCACAAUGAGGCCACCGAGAGCAGCCUCAACAGAAAGAUUGACCUGGUCAACAGAGACCCCAAAGGCCUGAACGAGGAGGCAGUGAGGGUGGACUUUGAGGAUGUCAUUGCCGAGCCGGACGGGACCCGCAGCCUGGAUGGCGUUUGGAAGGCCAGCUACAGCGCCUUCACCGUGUCCAAAUACUGGUGCUACCGGCUGCUGUCGGCACUCCUGGGCGUGCCCCUGGCACUGCUGUGGGGCGUGCUCUUUGCCACGCUGUCGUUCGGCCACGUGUGGCUGGUGGGUCCCUGCGCCCACAGCUGCCUCGUAGAGUGGCAGUGCCUGGGCCGAGUGUACGGGCAUGGGGUGCGCGCGCUCUGUGACCCCCUGUGUGAGUCCGUGGGCAGGAUGUUCCAGAGCGUGCGAGUGGUCCUGAGGAAAGAGAUAUGACCACGUG